AUGGGUAUCAAGGGCCUUAAAACCUACAUGCAAAAGAGAUACAAAUGGGAAGAGAUAGGAAAAUAUCCUCCACUAAGAGGCCCGUUGCUGAUAGACGCCAUGAGUUGCUGUUACUCUCUCUAUGAUGGAAUAGACUGGAAAUAUGGUGGCCAGUACAAAGAGCUUGAUCAGAAAUGUAAGACUUUCUUGGCCAGCCUAAAAGAAUCCGGUAUAGAGCCUAUUCUUGUAUUUGAUGGUGUGGAUCACAAAAGAGAGAAAGCCUCCACUUUUAAAGAGAGAGGAAAGGAUAAAGCAAAAUGCAUUCAAACUGUACUUUUAGAGGGCAAUGAGUACAAAGCAGAUGGCUGUUUAUGUUUGCCAGUCUUUGCUAAAGUCGUCUUUAUGGAGGUAAUAAAAAAAUUUAGGAUUCCCUUUAUUGUUGCUGAUGGAGAUGCAGAUAGUUUAACUGCAUCAAUGGCAAAUUUUUAUGGAUGCCCAGCUCUUGCCAGCGAUUCCGAUUAUUACAUUUUCAAUGUUAAAGGUGGUUACAUACCUUUUGAAUACUUCCAUUGGAAAUCAAAGCCAAUAAACGGAAAGAUCUACCAUUCAAGCAAUUUCUCUGCAAAAUUUCGUGACCCUGAGAUUAUUUACCUAAUACCAGCACUGAUAGGUAAUGAUUUCCUUGAGUCUCCAGGCAUAACACGAGAUGUGAUAACUUCAGUCAUUGGUGGAGGGAUAGGCAGGAGAGGAAAUAAUAUCUAUAUUGAUGAUGAACUGGUUGCUCGACUGGUUGACCACAUUGCUUCCCUCUCAUCCUUUGAGGAAUUUUUCUCCAGCUCCUGCAAGUCACUAAAGUCAGAGAAAGUAAUGCUUAUUAGAGAAAACUUUUACAAGGCAAAAGAAAUGUACAGUGUUGAUAAAAUAAGUAUGGAUGAUGUUAUGAAGAGCACAGUACUGGAAACAGCCAAUGGGACACCACUACCUUCAUGGAUACUCAAGCAAUAUCGUGCUGGAUGCUUUUCAACUUCAGUAAUGAAGCCAAUGGUUCUUAAUGAAUGUAUGCUGCCAAUGAUCAUUGAUAAUCCUAAGAAGGAGUCCAAUAUGAAGAUUGGCGAGCCUCUGAGGAGACACUUGUAUGGCUUCUUAAAACCUUAUCUAAAGGUACAAAAAGUCAAAGAAGGCAUACAUGUACAUGUAUGUGUACGUGUUGGUCAAUAUGAUGUACAAUAUACAGUCAAAACACUUACUGCUCAGUCCCUAAUCACAAAUGUAGAUUUAAUAAGAGAUGAUGAGAGACUCAAAUUGCUCUGUGAUAUAAUUGGAGUUUCACCAGAUAAAUUGGACAAAUUUGAAGAUAAAUGGAAGCUGGUUGCACUGUCCUUGCAUUACUGGAGCAGAAACGCUGAGGCCCUUACUCAGCAACAGAUUGAUUCUCUUCUCUUUUGCUUUGUGGUUUAUUUCAGUGAGCAAGGAAGGGGCAUUAUUGCUAGUCAUUUUCGUUUUCAGAUUGAUGGUCGUUGGACCAAUCGCCAGCUUGACAGCCUCCACUCAUUCUCAAUGUGGCAAUGUGUGUAUAAUGAGGCCAUGAAACUAAAUGAUGUUCUUAAACGACCGCUUGAAUUCACUUCUCCAGCUCUUUUAUUUAAUGGUAGACUGUGCCUAAGUUAUGCUUGCAUGAAAGAAGCAGAUUUUGAUGCCAUCAAAGAAGAGACGCUGACUUCAUUUCUGGAUAUGGCAUUACUCUAUGAGGAGCUGUUAUCAGUUUGCAGCCCUAGAGAGGUUUCUAAGGGUAGCUCAUCUCAUAAAACAAGCAAGGAGAAGCAUAAGCAACCUGCAGCAGCUAAGAAGGCCCACAGUACACCGGUUAGUACUAAAAAUCCUUUUGAGCUCCCUCCAGAUUUUGAUGAAGAAAACCAAUUAUGUUAG